CUUUAGCUCUCUCGACAAAGUAACUCUGCUUGGAUAUUGAAACGAUACCAACUUUUGAAGAGUCAAGGACGAUGUCUUGUUUUUGUAUUGUAUGUCUCCUCUUUAAGUUAGUAAAACAAUGAAGUAAUAUUUUUCAACAUAGUGACGUAUAUAACUAACAUCAAUGUAAUAAGUUUUGUUUAAACAGGAAAAUGGUGUUAUGAGACCUGAGGGAGUGUACUUGUAUUGACGAGAAAAGGGAAGUAAUAUGGAAGAUGGGAAUAAACCAAAAAUACCACGGCGAAGCAGUAUUUUUCCUUUCGUCUGUUAUUUUCACCUGACUGCGGCUGGAUUCCAGAUGUCUGUUUCCCUUCCUCGUUAUGUUUGUCAUUGAUUACGGGUGUAUUUUCUCUUUAACAUACAUAUUUUCUCCCAAUUCCAGACUGAAUUACUCUAACAAACAUCUCAUUGUCUGUGAACAUCAUUUCAGUAAGUGUUCAGCAACAUGACGGGUUGACCACUCUAUGAAACUAAAAGCAGUGAUUCAUCGUAAUCAAUAAGACAUGGUAUUCGACGCUACUCAACCUCAAACGUCUGCUGUAGAUAAGUCUCCGUCGGGAGAAUUCCAAGGCUGGAGAAUAUAAGGUAUCCGUAGUCACGAAAUGUCAGAAAUACAGUUUUCCCACUCAUUCGGAUUUAACAAAAACUAUAUUUAUUAUUAGUUUUCUACCUAAUGCUCAAUUUAUUUGAAACUUUCAAGUCCAACCUUGGCACUGAAUAGUGGCAAGUUUAGAUAUAUUUUAUUCCCAUCUGGGGUUAGCCUUUAAGUCAGAUUGUCAGAAAAUUCAAAAUCCUGGUGGCUCACAUAAAUACCCCUGUUUUGGUCUUUUAGGUCGUCUUUUCAAAUAAUCAACUUUCCUUUAUUUUCCUGACAAAAGUCAAACUUGUAUCAUGAUCAUGUGGUUUUAAUACUUACAGUAGCUGGGAGAGGAUCUUGAAACACGUUAAUCAUAAAGUUACUUCCUUAUUUCGUGUGCGGCUUAUAAGUUUUAGUGUCAGUUGGAUUAUACUGGGUCAACAUCUGGUCAGUAAUCACGCUGCCUGAUUUUACAAAACCAGUAACUGCUUAGUGUGUGGUAUGACAACAAUGAUGUGUGGCUCGUAUUUGGUGGGGGUAGCCGAUUGCUUAGUUAGUUCUCAUAAGCUGUUUGCUUUCAAAUGUAUAGUGAGGGGUUAUGUUUCGUAAGUACAUUAUAAGGCAAUAAUUUAAAGUAUCCAGAUGAGUUUCAUCUGAGUCAUUCAGUUUUCAAAUGUUAGUUUUCCAAUUAAUUGUGGCUAAGGGAUGAAUUUAAUGCCUGUCAAACUGAUUUGGAUUGAGCUCUUAAUAUUCUGAUUUUAUCUAACGCAGUUCAUUAGUAUGCAAAUCAAAGUUGGGUUCCAACUUGUAAAAUUAAUUGAUUAUAUUGGCUUUGUCUCGACUGUGGGUAAUUUCAUCCAUUUUUAUUUAUUUAAUUCUAAAAUCUGGUACAAAUGGACAAAAUCAAGGUGGGAUUGUGAAGAAAUAAGCGAGGGAAAGGGAGCACAAUCAAAUAAGUAAAUAAAAAGCAUAGUAUGUAGGAGUUACUGCUGAGUUAAAAACACAACCAAGAAAAUUUUUUCAGUCAAACGUUCUUAUUUUGGAGAAUUUAAGAUAAAACUACUAUAGUUUCUACGAGCUUCCAUUCUGAGCUAUGUCUGAUAGCGUUGUGCCAGCUAGUGCUCAACCAAUAUAGAUCGACACUGACCUCACCGGCGCGUUGUAAACUCGAACUUUUACAACCAGAAUAACAUGAUGAUGACACGAAAGAUGGCCUAGAUUGAGAUGUAGGGCUCUGGCUUGGAUAAUGCAUGGACUAAUUUCAUUUGUCACUUAAACAUCAGUACAAAAUGACGUAGAUGCACUGGCUUUUUAGUCGCUUCCAAAAGCUCAUCACAAAGAAUGAGUGCAUAAAAUUGUAUAAUCUUUGGAGUACACUGCGUUUGGAAAUUACAUAGUACAUGCCGUACCUACAGACACUAAAAAUUCAUUAAGCAUAUUUUGGGUUCAUUGUAUAUCACCAUACAGCAAAGCGAUUCCAUGUACAUAUUUGGGGUUGGAAAGUCCAGGUAUCAGAUGCACCACCACUGAGUACUUCCUUCAGAGCUGUUUUUCAAGAUGUCAGUGACAAAUCCUUUUAGAGCAAUACAUUCAGGAGAUGUUUGUCGUUACUCUGAUCAAGUCAUUUGUGCAAAAAGCCUUAAUAAAAAAACUCGUACGCGUACACUUUUUAAGCGGAUGAUCUGGGGCUUCAGUUUUGUCCAUUGAGUCAAAGGUAGCCCCGAGCUGAACUAAAACAGUGAUUGUUGAACUCCAGUAAGUGGUGUCUCAGGCUUUUGAGGGAGGAACACGAUUAAUAUAUUCACGACACAAGCAAAAAAUGGGCAUGUAAAUGGCGAGUCAGUUUUUCACAAUCUUUGCAUAGUUUGUGGAGUUUGACGUAAUCAAAUAUUGUGAACGCAGUCGAAAAUGAAAUCAUCACCCGGAAGUUUUUGGAAAGAACGUAGGGCUUUUUUAAAGAUGGGGACGACAUCGCCUUAUUUUAGGAUGUUAGAACACUAGUUCCCAAACCUUUCCAAGCAACCUAACCAUUUUUUAUGACUAGAGGUUUACCAUCUUCCUUUAAAAUAGCCGGGAAUACGUCAUCUGAACCCGGCGACUUGUAGUGCUUUACAAACUAGAGCUCCUUGGUGAUCGCUUCAUUAGGUGUAUCAGUAGUCGCGAACCUUGGAGAAUAGAACGGUCUUUUUGACAUUGUUUGAGCAACAGACCAACUCAGUUGUUGCUCAAAAACAGGUCAUCAUCCAAGAUGCCUUUAGAUGCUAAUAAAUGGUGUGCCAUCGACUACACAGAGCGUUCCACUUAGACCAGAAUUGUUGCCGGUGGGCUCGGCCGUGUUGAAAUGGCUUCUGGUAGUUAUCAGAUUCAGCUUUCACUUCCGACGUGUUAGGACGCUUCGACUACUGAGUUACUUGAUCCGUACACAAAUUUUGGAAGAUUUCUUGAAGUGGAAAUCUAAUUGUAUCAUCAAACGUUUUGCGGGAGUAGGCUGGGGUACCUCAAGGCAUAAAGGCUAGUCUUCCGACAUAUACUGUGCUUGGUGUUUUGUAAGUGAAAAAUAUUCCGAAUAUUCAAUACAUAAUGUGUUCAAACUAGAUAUAAUAACCUUGAUGCUAUCAAAUAUGAAUCAAAGUAGAAACCAGUAUUGAUCAUACUGUAGUUUACUAUUAACGUAUAAACUUUGGCAAGACCAUCUGAUAUAUAUUUCAUGGUUGUAUUGUGUGAACUGUAUCCUUUUAUAUAUAUCCUUGUUUCCUAUUUCAUACCAUAUAAUCUUCCCUCUUUUUUAACGUUAUUUCAAUGGUCACUUUCCCUUGUUUAUAGAGCACCUCAGAUACAAGACUAGGGGCUUAUAAUUAUUAUCGUACUUCCAAUUUAUUUAUUAUUAAGAGGAAAGCAUUAAACAGUAGAAUUUUCUGUACUCUACCGUUGGUCACACUUAUUGAAGUUGAGGUACAUCAGUUGCCUUCUAAUAUUAAAUAAAAUAAAUGAGAAUUCAAACUAGUUAAUUAAAAAUAGAAAGUUGAGUACUUAAAGAACCAAGCUACAGUUACAACCUCUAGUAACACUAAACCAAAGAGUGUGCAGUUACAGAAUAAAUUAGUUUAGCGUUAAUGUAAAGCUUGAAUCCUUUAUACCUAUGUUAUCGCUUUUUGUCUUAGUGUAAGUUGUGACAAUAAGGUCUGUUGUUAGGAGCUAAAUAUAAUUCAGCAUUAUUCUUAAGUUUUUAGGACUGCUCAUGGAUCAAUGUGUACAGUAGGUAAAUGGAUUCAGACGUAUAAGGUGGAGAGACGGAUGUUUAUUCGUUCAGCUUUCCAUAUGGGCAGAAAUUUAGACUUUCAGCAACUAAUUUGCUUUCCGGUUCUGUGGAAGUUUUGAAACGAUGCUAUAAGCACGGUUAUUGGGAUUAAUACAGUGUACUGAGUUCUCUGUGGGAAUUACCGCGAUUAUUUUUGUCCCAUUAAUAACUUCUUAUUUUUGUUUAAUAAGAUUCCCUCUAGUUUACCUGUUUCUCUUUAUAAAGUUCGUUAGGAAGCAGGAAACAUUGAAGUUAGUUAAUUUUCUACAUGAAACUUAUUUCUCUGUUGACUUCAGUGAUUAGUGAAAUUCAUCCGUUAAGGUUGAGGAGAGCACAACAAAUCAUGUCUUCUGCUUGUCUAUAUUUCUUGAUUGUUUAGUCUAUUGAGAACCACUAGUCACUAGCUCAAAGUGUGGUUAGCAUACUCUGCAUUGUUUGCUAUAUUUUAGUGCUUUUGGCGAUGUUUCAAAAACAGGCUUACAGAGAAAAAUGCUGAAAUUCUUAAAAAAAUCCUGUAUUAUAUCAGUAGUGCAGAUAAUCAAACUAAUGAACAGCUCAACUACGUAAUUCAGGAAAUAUACAUGGUGAUAUCGAAUGAAUAUACGGAUAGUACUAUUUUUCUUGAAAAGCUGAAAAGCAUUAUAAUAAAGGGCAAACAAUUGCAUAAAUCCAGUCAUGAUAUUAAGAUCAAUAAUCAACAUUCGAAUACUACAAAAGGACAUAGGAAGUCGGAGAAUUGUUCUAUGCAAUCGUUUCCUCAGUCAGUAAAUAAUUAUAGUUCUCAAUUUUCAGAAUACAGAACUGAUGAGAAAAAUUAUGACUUUUCUCACUCCCAACUUCAGUUAGUUUUGAGAAUGGAAGGCAUCCGUGAUUGGCUCCAUUUAAUUGCUUCAUGUGGUCUAUUAAAUGAACUUGAUCCACCACUUCCACGUAUUUCUUCUAUAGAAAGGCAUAUACGGAUCGGAUCUUGGAACCUUAACCGCUUCGAUUUAAGUAAAGCUAAACAUCCAGGAUUCAUGGAAGUUGUUUGCCUGACCAUUUUACGAAUGAACGUCUCAUUAAUAUUGCUUCAAGAAGUCUCAGACCCUUUAGUUGCUGAUUAUCUGUGCAAUGAGCUAAAUUAUCCAUCUCUUCCCCACGUAAAACGAUGGGUUGAAAAAUUUCCUCUGUCUACUCCCCCGUACUGGAAAGCGUCAUGUUCGAUCCAACCAACUGGUUCCAUGUUCCGUGCAAAAGAGUAUGCCGUUUUUCUAUAUAAUUCUCGAUGUGGUAUUCGGAUUUCUCGGACAAGUUUAUUGGAAAAGUCUUCGAACUCAUUACCUGUUUCAAGAAAGUCGUUUACACGCAGUCCAUGUGGAGUCUCCUGCCAUGUAUGUAACAAAAGGUGUUUAAAAGCAGAUGCUAGUUUGGAAAAAUUUCCUUUGUUCAAUUUAAUAUGAAACCAUGUGCCAUGAUUUUGGCUGACCUGAUUAAACUUAGUGAUUUACAAAUAUUUAAUUCUUCUCGUAGGCUCACUUUCCAGUACUGAAUUGCUUAUUUUUUCCAGCGUUUUAUUUUUGGUUUUUCUUAACCGUAUCGCCUGUGAUAUGCUAUACCUUUGUCUGUGUAAUUUCAUCUACUUUUCUUCUAUUCAACUACUUAUCACUUUAAUGUUUUACAUAGUUUCUAAGUUAUUACUGAGUAAUCUAUUUCGUCAUAAACUUGAGAAGUGUAUGUACGUAAUAUUCGAGAAACUUGAUUACAUCAUCAGCCCUUAUACAACAGAUGUUACCCAUAUCUCUUAGGAUACAUGUGUAUAUGUUUAUGAAGUGGCAUUUAUUUUUGUUCAUCAAUGAGCUAGUGAGGAUCAAAGGCAGUUAUUAUAUUAUUUUGAUAUGAUUAUUACACGUAGAGUCUUACUCUUGAAAUGUGUUGGGACAUCGUCACUCAUUUUGUAAAUAUCUACAACGCUACCAUCUGGACAUCAACCGCUAUGUACAUGGAUUGUUUUAAUUUACUUUCAGAUUCAACAUAUUAACUUAGUUCUCAUUUCAGUACAUUUGAAGGCAAGUGGAUUAAGAAAUAGUCAAAUUGGCAGGACUAUCUCAGAAAUUGAAUCUCUUGGCUAUCUUGUUCAAGCUUUUUAUGAAACACAACCUAGGGGAACAUAUCUCAUUAUAGCUGGUGAUUUCAACCUCUUCCCAACACAUGAAGGUUAGUUUAGAUCCAUAGUAAAUAGGAACUAUGUAACUGAUUAAAUCUCUCUGAAUAGACUUAGAAGUAAAUCAUAUGUAUUUUGUUAUGCGAAUUUUUCUACGUGAAGUAACUAGUGAAAGUUUUUCACAAUCUAACCGCGGAAUUUUAGUGAGACUGGCAAUUGUAAGCAAUUUAUUCUAUUUACGGACACUUUGCUUCACAUAAAAUGUAUUGCUAUGCAGAUGUUUGGGAAGUUAUUUGUUAAUACGUGGAUCUACAUAAAACAAUAUCCAUCUAAAAAACUCAGAAAAAAACCUAAAAUUCGCUUGUAACGCUGGUAUUCAUAGUCUUCAAUUUAAUCGUAGUCUACUGUUGCGAAACGAUAGUGGUCAAACUACUAAUAAGUUUUGUGACAGUAUCGAGAUAUACAGGUAGGUUCUGAACUUUUCUUACAGCUUUUCCGUGAAUGUGCGUUACAGCUAGAAAUGACCCGUCUCUUACAAGUUCUCUUGUAUUACACUUAACUAGCUUCGUCAAUAAGGUGAGGUUAUUUACAUGUUGUAAAGAAAUGCAACACCUAUUCACUUUCUAGUUUGUGUCCACCUAUUUUGUGAUAAUAAAUGAUUUUACUGGGUCGCAUAAACCUCAUAUAAAACAGAAUUUGAACACAACCCGAGCAGUUGAAAAUGAUAAUACUGAAUAACUGAAACAAACCAGAUAUCUGGCGGUUGAUUUUCUUACUAAAACUUUCUUAGCAAGUACUUGUCGUCUUCAUUCAAAUAAAUAAAUUACGCUAUUUCCACGAAGUAAAUUGUUAGCAUAACGUUUUUAAACUUACUCUCGAGAGAUCACAUUUUACAGGGAAGAUAUUUUCUCACAUUUCCAGGAAACCAAGAACUCCAUGUUUAACUGAGAUAUAAUGAAAAUCAUAUCUGUUUCUGUAUUCUUAGGAACGACUAGUCUUAGUGCAAAAUAGAGUGUAGUGAAAUUUCAGGAACAAAGUCAAGUAGUCAAAAGUUAUGUAACAUUCUAGUAAAAAAUACCAUUCAGUCACUUUCUGAAGGAUUAGAUUUAACCAACUAAAUGUAUUGUAUCGAUUUAGUAAUGGACACUAAUACAGUAAGAAUUUUUAUCAAUUAAACCAAGUUACUUGCACGCGUCAUAUGCAAACGUGGAGAGAUACAAAGUUUAAAGAAGAAUGUAGAGUUUCCACGGUUAUUGAAGUAAAUGUCAUUAUAGAUGUUGUCUAAAGAAUUCGCUGCUGAAAGACAUCCCUGGAGGUUUAAGGCUCUCACGACUGAUUUGUAAGCUACAUUAUUUACGAUAAUUAACGCUUUGACAGGAAUAAAUUCACAAGAACUCUCUCAACACAACCUGAAUAUAUUCAUCAUUGCACGAGCCUCUAUCUGAAUAAUUCCAGCAACAGUUCAAAGUUAGUUUCAUAAUACCUACCUUAAGUAGAAAUUUUGGUUCUGUUGUAUUUACAAAUGAAUUAGUUUUAGCAGUAAUUAUUGUGUUAGAGAAGCACAGUGUUUAUUACAACCACGUUUUAUGUGUAUUUUCGUUUUAUUGACUAGUAUUAUUUUUGAUAAAAAGAUUUUCCAAACUGUUAUCGAUUCAUCCUUCCCACAUUAUUGGAGGCAAUACUUUGAUAAUUUCCCAAUUAAAUAAACAUAAUUGGAUCAAUUAAUCUUUUAUGCCAGUUAGAUGCAAGCACUCAGAUACUCCUGAGCCGUUAUGAAUUUGUAUUUAGUACACUUAUAGGUUCAUUAUUUACUUUCGCUUGUACAUAAGUUGACCAUUACGCAAAUAAUUUCCAUAAUUUUAAUUAAAGCUCUCAUCAUUGUUAAUUUAGAUUCGAUAUAUUUAUUGCCUCGUUAUGCUGAUUAUCUCUACUUGUUUAUUUAAAAGUUUAUCGGGUAUUACGUGAACGUGGUUUAUGGCCGGUACUCAAAGGUGAACAACAAACUACCAUGAAUUAUUCUAAAUCCAGAUCUAACCAUUUUAGAGCAUAUGACAAUGCAUGGCUUUCUGCUAACCUCUCUUUGACUUCUGAAUCCACUAUUCGUUGGACUGGUGAUUCUGGUGUCAUAUUAAAAGGGCUCAGACAUCCUUUAAUUCCGGAGGAAACAGGAAGUGGUGCAAAUGGUCUUGUUAGUGAUCAUGCUCCCAUAUGGUUUGAUAUUCACUUAACGUAACAAUAACCUGUAUUUAUGUAUAAUUUUUAUUAACGAACUUAUGAUAACGUUGUACAUAUGUACUUAAUAAUAAAGAGCAUUUAUUUUGAUA